GUAAAUUGUGCAAAAAAACAACAAAACAGGGUUACCCAGUUAUGUUAAUUCCAACUGUUUCAUGAACGAAACUGAAACAAACAUUCGUGACAACUACCAACGACUACCCUCUAUGCUUAUUUCUUCCCUUUCUCUUCGUCCCUUCUUCUUCCUAUGUCCCAAGGCCUAUUCUUUUCCACGCCAAUGCAAAUUCCCACUUCAAAAUUUUCCCAAACCCAUUUUCAAUGAUCACAAGUUACUGUCUGGAAAUUUGAGUUUUGCGGCUUUCAGUAACACUGCAUUGAGCUAUGCCUACAGCAACGACGAAGGAGAAGCAAAUGGAAUCAAUUUCUUGCACCUCAUGGAAGAACGUGGGGUUCGUGCGAAUUCCCAGACCUAUUUGUGGCUUUUAGAUGGGUGUUUGAGUUCUGGGUGGUUUUCUGAUGGUUGGAAGCUUCAUGGGAAGAUUCUGAAGAUGGGUUUUUGUGCAGAAGUGGUUUUGUGUGAGCGUCUUAUGGACUUGUACAUUGCCUUUGGUGACUUGGAUGGUGCAGUUACGGUGUUUGAUGAAAUGCCUGUUAGACCGUUGUCUUGUUGGAACAAGGUUUUGCACAGGUUUGUUGCUGGGAAGAUGGCGGGUCGUGUUCUGGGUUUGUUUAGGCGAAUGUUGCAGGAAAAGGUGAAGCCUGAUGAGAGAACUUAUGCUGGGGUUUUGAGGGGUUGUGGUGGUGGUGAUGUUCCUUUCCACUGUUUGGAGAAGAUACAUGCAAGGACUAUAACUCAUGGUUAUGAGAAUAGUUUGAUUGUAUGUAAUCCUCUGAUUGAUUUAUAUUUUAAAAAUGGGUUUUUGAAUUCAGCUAAGAAGGUUUUUGACGGUUUACAGAAGAGGGAUAGUGUUUCUUGGGUAGCUAUGCUAUCCGGUUUAUCACAAAGUGGGUGUGAAGAAGAGGCGGUUCUUCUGUUUUGUCAGAUGCACACAUCGGGAGUCUAUCCUACCCCUUACAUUUUUUCGAGUGUUCUAAGUGCCUGUACAAAAGUAGAGUUUUAUAAGGUCGGAGAGCAGCUCCAUGGCCUUGUUCUGAAGCAGGGGUUCUCUUUGGAAACCUAUGUUUGCAAUGCCCUUGUGACAUUAUAUUCACGUUUGGGGAACUUUAUACCUGCUGAGCAGGUUUUUAAUGCAAUGUUGCAGAGGGAUGAAGUUUCAUAUAAUUCGCUCAUCUCUGGUUUAUCUCAACAAGGAUAUAGUGACAAAGCUUUAGAGUUGUUUAAGAAAAUGUGUCUUGAUUGCCUAAAGCCUGACUGUGUUACAGUUGCAAGUCUUUUGAGUGCCUGUUCAUCAGUUGGGGCUCUUCUGGUAGGAAAGCAAUUCCACUCGUAUGCUAUAAAGGCUGGGAUGUCUUCAGAUAUUAUCUUGGAAGGUGCACUGCUUGAUCUUUAUGUGAAAUGCUCGGAUAUAAAAACUGCCCAUGAAUUUUUCCUUUCAACUGAAACUGAAAAUGUGGUGUUGUGGAAUGUGAUGCUUGUAGCUUAUGGCCUGCUAGACAAUCUAAAUGAAUCAUUUAAAAUAUUUACUCAGAUGCAGAUGGAAGGCAUUGAACCAAAUCAAUUCACCUAUCCAAGUAUUUUGAGAACUUGCUCUUCUUUGAGGGCUGUUGAUUUAGGAGAACAAAUUCACACUCAAGUCCUAAAAACUGGCUUUCAGUUCAAUGUGUAUGUCUCUAGUGUGCUUAUUGACAUGUAUGCUAAAUUAGGAAAAUUGGAUCAUGCCCUUAAAAUCUUUAGAAGACUAAAAGAAAAAGAUGUUGUUUCUUGGACAGCCAUGAUUGCUGGGUACGCACAGCAUGAAAAGUUUGCUGAAGCUCUUAACCUCUUUAAAGAAAUGCAAGAUCAAGGGAUACACUCUGAUAAUAUAGGAUUUGCAAGUGCAAUUAGUGCAUGUGCGGGUAUCCAAGCACUUAAUCAAGGACAGCAAAUUCAUGCUCAGGCAUGUGUCUCUGGUUAUUCAGAUGAUCUUUCAGUUGGUAAUGCACUUGUUAGUCUUUAUGCUAGGUGUGGGAAAGUACGAGAUGCAUACUUUGCUUUUGAUAAAAUAUUUUCUAAAGAUAAUAUAUCAUGGAACUCAUUGAUAUCUGGUUUUGCACAAAGUGGACAUUGUGAGGAAGCACUAAGUCUAUUUUCUCAAAUGAGUAAAGCUGGACAAGAAAUCAAUUCAUUCACAUUUGGUCCUGCAGUUAGUGCUGCUGCCAAUGUUGCUAAUGUUAAACUAGGGAAGCAGAUUCAUGCCAUGAUUAUAAAAACUGGCCAUGAUUCAGAAACUGAAGUUUCUAAUGUUUUGAUCACACUAUAUGCAAAAUGUGGUAACAUUGAUGAUGCUGAGAGACAGUUUUUUGAAAUGCCUGAGAAAAAUGAGAUUUCUUGGAAUGCCAUGCUUACUGGUUAUUCUCAACAUGGUCAUGGAUUUAAAGCAUUAAGCCUUUUUGAGGAUAUGAAGCAGCUUGGUGUAUUGCCAAAUCAUGUCACCUUCGUGGGAGUUUUAUCAGCAUGUAGCCAUGUGGGUUUGGUUGAUGAGGGAAUUAAGUAUUUUCAAUCAAUGAGGGAAGUUCAUGGUUUGGUGCCAAAACCUGAACAUUAUGCAUGUGUUGUGGAUCUUCUUGGGCGGUCUGGUCUUUUAAGCCGUGCAAGGAGAUUUGUUGAGGAGAUGCCAAUUCAACCAGAUGCAAUGGUCUGUAGGACCCUUUUAAGUGCUUGUAUUGUUCAUAAGAAUAUUGAUAUUGGAGAGUUUGCUGCUAGUCAUCUUCUGGAACUGGAACCCAAAGAUUCAGCAACCUAUGUUCUGCUUUCAAAUAUGUAUGCAGUGACUGGGAAAUGGGGUUGUAGGGAUCGGACAAGGCAAAUGAUGAAAGAUAGAGGUGUUAAAAAAGAGCCUGGUCGUAGCUGGAUAGAGGUUAAUAACUCAGUUCAUGCAUUUUUUGCUGGUGAUCAGAAACACCCUAAUGUAGAUAAGAUAUAUGAAUAUCUCCGAGAUUUGAAUGAACUGGCAGCUGAAAAUGGUUACAUACCACAGACCAAUAGCCUUUUGAAUGAUGCAGAACGACGUCAAAAGGGUCCAACACAAAUUAUUCACAGUGAGAAACUGGCAAUUGCUUUUGGAUUGCUUAGUUUGUCUAGCUCAACUCCUAUCCAUGUUUUUAAAAACCUUCGUGUUUGUGGUGAUUGCCAUAACUGGAUUAAGUAUGUCUCUAAGAUUUCAGAUCGAGUAAUUGUGGUGAGAGAUUCAUAUCGCUUUCAUCAUUUUAAGGGUGGUAUUUGUUCAUGUAAAGAUUACUGGUAAGAUGGCCGAAGAAGGUUCACUAAAAUGAAAGAAUCCCCCUAGAUUUGCGGGAUGGACCAGGAUUUCAUGAGCUUUCUCUGCAUAUAUUCUUUUUGAUCCAAAUAUCAUGCUUGAGCUUUUGGUGACAUUUGGUUUGAGCUAGCCACAAUGCUGAUUUGGAUAUCUCUUCCACGGAUAUCAAUUCUCAAAAUUGAAGAUCUUCUUAAAUAGACUUGGAGGUAUUGUCGUUGAUCCUUCUAGGAGAUUGUACACAAAUCAUCUUUUAUCAACGUUGAUUUAUUUAUUUUUUUGUACAAGAAUAGUUACAGUAAAAAAGGGAACACGUGAAGAACGGAGUCAGGAUUUAUCAAGAUCUCUUCAGAACCUAGGAUUUCUUUGUUAAUUGGGGACGUGGCUGCUAAAGUAUUAAAAAUACGAUUUGUGGUGGUUUUAAAACUGCUUAUGGCGAUUAAAAACCACUAGAAUCAAUUAAAGGAGGGAAAAAGAGAUAAGGAACAAGAUUUGGAAGAGAGAGAGAGAGAUUUGAAAGAAAAACCACCGCACACCAACCCCGCCACCCUCCUCUGAUGUCGCACACCAAUCCCACCACCCUCCUUUAACGUUGCAUGCUGCCUCCUCCUCCAGAUUUGAUUGCGAAUGACCCUUCUGCCUCCAAACACCUGCACCCUUGCGCCUUCAAUGACGCUGACACGACCCCUACCAGCUCCGCCGCAUGCUGUCUACACCAAACCCCGAUGCCGUCGCGCCGCCUGCACCAUCUUGUGUGUGUUCUUUCUCUUUUUUGUCCUUCUCCUGUGUUUCUAUGUUCUUUUUUGUUUCGAUUGUGCAUUGUGUUCAUGUUGUUUGAGAGUUCUGAUUGGGUGUGUUCAUAUGUUCUUCUUGGUUGAUGUUUGAUUUAAAUUGAAACCAUGAUGAAGGAAAAAACAAAAUGGAUAUUAGAUUUUUUUUCCUCCUUUAA